AUGCCACCUUCCUCCGACCAACUAGCCGUGCUCGACGCUGCGCACGAGGCGUUGCCCGUUGAACUCGUUGAGGUGCGCCCGGGGCGCACGCUCGCAAUCCACUCGCAGCCGCGGCCGGGCGCAGAGCAGACAGUCCUCUUCGUGCACGGCUCUUGCGGCUCUCUUUUGCAGUGGAAGGACCAGAUUGCGCUCGCGGCCAAGGAACGGGCCGUGGUGGCGUUUGACACGUUCGGGUGCGGGCGCUCGCCGAAGCCUCCCGAGUGGGACGCCUACUCUUUCGCAGAGCUGCGGGACGACCUAGCUGCGGUGUUGGCCCGCUUCUCGGUGCCGGGAAGGACGAUGGUGGUUGUCGCGCACUCGGCCGGUUGCAGCUUGGCACUCGCUGUCGCAGCGGCGAGCCUCGCCUCGACGCCUCCCGGCCCGCCAAUCGACGGGCUCUGCCUGAUGGGCGCCUUCGCCGAGCCGCCUCGCGUUCCGAGCAUCUUCUACCUGCCAACCUUCGUGCUCAGCCUGAUGCAACCCCGCCUCUCCGCCGGCUUCGAGGCGCUCGCACUGCACGCGGACACGCGCGCCGGCAAGACGGCCGCCCGGCGCUACCUGCUCGGGCUGGCGCCGGCUGUCAACGCCGCCAACGAUAUGUUCAUGUGCAAGGCGUACUACCGGCAGCUCUCUGCGCCUAGCAAGGAGGAGAUACAGAGCGUCGGGGCGGAGGUGCCGUGCCUGCUGAUCGCGGGCGAGGACGACGCGCUCGAGGACCCCGAGGCUGUCAACGCCCUCCUUGGCGCCUUUCUGCAGAGCGUGUACGCGCGUCCAAAGCCGAAGAAGACGGCAAAGGCGCGCGCGUCCGCCGUGCCCGACAAGUCCUUUGCCAGCCAGACCCGCUUCUCGAGCCUGCCCUCCGAGGAGUAG